AUGUCUCUUGCCGCUGUACCCACUAGCCUGUUGCUUUCGGAGCUGCAGAAGCGUAUUGAAUGCGCCAGUAAGAAAGAGCGUCGUACUAUCUUCAUCGGUCCCCCUGGCUGUGGAAAAGGAACGCAAUCACCUCGAGUGAAAGAUGAAUAUUGCUUGUGUCAUCUGGCUACGGGUGACAUCUUGCGUGCCGCCGUUGCCGCCGGCACUGACAUGGGUAAGAAGGCCAAGGCUGCUAUGGAGUCGGGGGCUCUCGUGACCGACGAGAUUGUCGUUGGCAUUAUUAAGGACGCUAUCAAGAGCCCAGAAUGUAGACGAGGAUUCAUUCUCGACGGCUUUCCCCGCACGGUCGUGCAGGCGAAGAAGCUCGACGAAAUGCUUGCUGCGGAAAAUGUCCAGGUGGAUGCGGUCAUCAAUUUCAACGUUCCAGAUAAAGUGUUGGUAGAGCGUAUCGCGGGUCGUCGCGUGCACCCGGCCAGUGGCCGUAGCUACCACGUAAAGUUUGCUCCACCUAAGGUCGAUGGAAAGGACGAUAUCACUGGCGAAUCAUUGAUUCAACGCAAGGAUGACAAUGAGGCCACGCUGGGAUCACGUCUUCAGGCUUUCCACAAGCAAACUCAACCGGUUAUCGAUUUUUACCGCAAACAGGGCAAGCUUACGGAAGUAAAUGCUCACGCUGAGAUGGACAAGGUUACGGAGCAGAUUCGCAAGAGUCUUGGAACGGACUAA